AUGAGCGGGUUGGACGCCGCCAUGAUCGUGAUCUUGGUCGCGGCGAUCUUCGGAUGCGGCGUGGCGCUCGUAUGCGCCUACAGAGGCGCCAGGUGGUGUCUCAACCGUAUCGCCAAGAGCUUGGCGGUGGUGCCGGAACACGUGAUGAGGAACGCCACGGUCGAGCGCUUCGUGCUGGACAUGGCCAAGGAGAAGCCCAUCCGGUUCACGGCGGAGCAGCUCACCGGAAUCACGCGCAACUACUCCAUGCGCCUUGGGACCGGCGGCUUCGGCACCGUCUACCGAGGCGCGCUCCCCAACGGCCUCGCCGUGGCCGUCAAGGUGCUCCACCCUGGCCUCGACACCAAGACGUCCGAGGAGCAGUUCAUGGCGGAGAUGGGCACCAUCGGCAGGACGCACCACAUCAACCUCGUCAGGCUCUACGGCUUCUGCUUCGACGCCAACGCCACACGUGCGCUCGUCUACGAGUUCAUGCCGAACGGCUCGCUCGACGACUACCUGUCCUCCGCCUGCAGGGCCGGCGCUGAGGUGAGCAUGACCACGGUGGCUGCCAUCGCCACCGGCGUCGCCAGAGGCCUCAGGUACCUCCACGAGGAGUGUCAGCACAAGAUCGUGCACUACGACAUCAAGCCCGGCAACGUCCUCCUCGACGCCACCCUCACGCCCAAGGUGGCCGACUUUGGCCUCGCGCGCUUCGUCAGCCGCGCCGACACGCACGUCUCCCUGUCCGGCGGGCGCGGCACCCCCGGGUACGCCGCACCGGAGGUGUGGACGGAGCUACGCAUCACGGAGAAGUGCGAUGUAUACAGCUUCGGCAUGCUCCUCCUCAAGAUCGUCGGCCGCGGUAGCAGCUUCCACUGCGAGGACGAUGCCGCGUCGGGCUCGGAGAGCAGCCAGCCGUGGUUUCCCAUGGUCGCAUGGACCAGGUACGAGGCCAGCGAUCUAAUGGAGCUCGUGUUGCCAACAGACGUGGAUGACACGCGUAGCAGUAGCAGAGAGGUGGUGGAGAGGAUGUGCAAGGUGGCGUUCUGGUGCGUGCAGCAGCGGCCGGCGGCGAGGCCGUCGAUGAGCGCGGUGGUGAAGAUGCUGGAGGGGGAGAUGGAGAUCGCUCCGCCGCCCAACCCAUUCCAGUAUCUCGUGGCCAACCUGUGGAUCAAUGUGGUAUCGUCGGACGUAGCUAGCAGCCAACAAUCAUGUCUAUCUUCACACAAGAAAUGA